AUGCUUCAGCUACUGUCACGACGGUCUGUUUCUCCCACGGAUCCGUUAACAUGGAGCCAUGUACGCAAAGAGCUCCUCUUUGCUACAAUCAUCCUAGGUUCCUGCGCAACCGGCUCUCUGGGCCCUCUACUGGUGCCCGGCUUCGCGGUUGUCGCUGCUGAUCUCCAGGUCGACCUGACCAGCGUGACUCUACUGAACGGGAGCCUAGUCAUGGCCCUGGGAAUCAGUGCCUACGUUUGUUCUGCCUUCGCUCACUGCUUCGGCAGGCGCCCCGUAUACCUCUUCACCACCCUCUUGGCGCUCAUCUCGUGUUGCUGGGCCGAAGCAUCCAAGUCUUACUCCUCACUCAUUGCAUCCCGGGUCUUCCAAGGUCUGGGAAUGGGCAGCUUCUUCGCCCUCGCCGGCACCGCUUCGAUCAACGACGUCUUUGCGGUGCACGAGCGCGGUCGCCGUGUCGGCCUCUGGAACUUCGCCGUGAUCGUCUCGGUCAACCUCACCCCGGUGAUCAGCGGGUAUGUCAUUUCAGCACUCUCCUGGCGUUGGGCCUUUCGGCUCGAAGCCAUCCUCUUCGGCGUCCUGUUUGUUGCCGUGGUCUUCCUCUUCCCGGAAACCACCUUCCACCGCAACACCAUGACCACAGAAACAACCAAGGCAGUCUCAGACAACUCAGAAGCAGAAAAGGCCCAAGCUGUCUCUCUCCAAUCCCCGAUAAUGGAGGUCGAGGAUGAGAGACACCCUUCCCUCCUACGCGCCCUCAUCGAGCCCUUCGGUCUGGUCCUUGACCCUAUCGUCCUCUGGGCCUGCAUCAUGUGGUCCGUGAUCUUCACCUGGACCAUACUCCUCGGCGCCGUCACAUCGCAGAUCUUCACCGCGCCUCCCUGGUCUAUGUCUACCGUCGCUGUCGGCAAUCUCACUGGCAUUGCGCCACUCAUCGGCUCCGCCCUCGGCACUGUGAUGGGCGGCUGGGCCUGCGAUCUUAGCAGCAGGCUCAUGGCCUCCCGCAAUGGAGGCGUCUACGAGCCUGAGUAUAGACUGCUUGUCAUACUCCCGGCGACGAUGGCCAUGGCUGCAGGUUCCUUUGGGCUGGGCGCCGCAACGGCGCAGGGACUCUCCGCUGUCGUGUGCGGGCUGUUCAUGGGGAUUGUGAACUUUGCCGUGGGCAUGGGGUGUACGGGGAUUGUGGCAUAUACGAAUGAUGUCUUGGGGGAGCGGGCGGGGGAGGGAUUUGGGUUGGCGAUGGUGGCCAAGAGCGCGUUUGCGUUUGGACUCUCGUUUGUGUUCAAUGAUUUCGUGACGGAGAAGGGGGUGUUGGUGUUCUUCUCGACGUUUGGAGCUGUUAGUGUUGUGGUUAUGCUUACGACUUUGCCUUUGUUCUUUUGGAGGAGGCGGCUGAGGCAGAGGAAUUGA